UUUGUUCCGUAAGCACCAAGACUCGAAGAAAUCAAGAAUUAAGAAAACAUAGCGAUCAUUUGAUCGAAAUGGGGAGAGACCUCGGCUGGUGCUUCUUCGUGGCGACGGUUGUGGUGGUAGCAGCAGCUUUGUUACCCACACUAACCAUGGCGGGUCGUCUAGAGCUAAAGAACGAAAUAUCAGGGGUCGCUAGUGUCCGUAAAGUGAAGCUAGCCGUGCGGUGCUGGUCAAACGAGGAUGACCUAGGGUGGGAUAUGAUAAAGCCAAAGCAAUCACGGGUAUGGACGUUUACGACAAUGAACAUGUGGCCCUUUCAGAAAACUGAGUUCCGUUGCCAGUUUCGUAGCGGGUUUGGAACCACGAACGAAGACGUUGUGACGGUGUUUUCUGUCAAAGGCGGGUUUCGAAAGGAAUGUGGGGUGGGAGGGGACGAGUGCUUUUGGGUAGGGAAGAGAGAUGGAUUAUAUCUAAGAAGGAUCGUAAAAGAUGGAGGAGGGGAUAGUCGCAGGAAAUAUGUUGAUGUUCUCAAAAGCAAAUGGGUUUGGAAAUGGUGAAUCUUCAAUUCUUUUUAUCCAACAAUCAUUCAUUUUAUUUUUUUGUCGAUAACAUGCAAUUUAUGGGUUUGAAAAUGAUACAACACAAACCAUUCGACUACUACGAGUCUCAACCAUUGAUAUUACUUAUUCAUUUUUUAUACCCCUUCACUUUGUAUUAGACUCGGACGACACUAUCUUGAGAGAUAUAUUCAUGGGGUUACAAAUACACAUAAAAGUUUACU